CAUAUAUAUGCUCCUGUAUAUUACAUAUGCUUUUAUAAUUAGUCCCUUUGGAAUUACGUGUCAGACUCUGCUUCCUAGGAAUUUGUUUCGUUGCAUAUUUUAUAUUCGGAGACAGUAAUUUUAUAAAGUAAUUUAAAAGCUAUAACUUAUUGCUCUUUGUUUUAUUUCUUUAUUACCGGUUCGAAGGUGUGGAAUACCAAGAUUUAUUGAUUACCUGGAAUCAAUCCGAACAGGUUACCAAGAUUAAGCAAGCCACUUCAUCCUCUAUAUAAAGCAGUAGUUUUCUUAAAAAUACAAAAUGGAUAAGCUUUGGGAGGAGAUGGUCAAUGAUCCAAAGAAUGAAUUUUCAGAAGAACAAAAACAAUUUUUAGCUCAGUCUCGAGCACGGGCUCGUCGAAACAAAUUUAUUGGAGUCAUUGGAGGGGCUCUUAUUCCCAUAGUCUUGGCUCAAAAGCGAAAAGUAUCACCAUUAAAAUUGUAUGCUACGUCAAUCAUAUCAGGCAUAGCUGGAAACGGACUUUCCCAGAUCUUUACCAUGGGAUACAAUUUAUCACAAGUGAAUAAGCGUUCUGACUCAUCAGAUCUAAUACGAAAAAUGAAGGAAUCUUUAAUUCGACAACGCACCAUGAUGGAACAAGGAAAUCAUAUUCCUCCCUCACACGAUGGCCCUCUUCCCAGAAUGAAGCAGGAUAAUUUGGAAAAUGGAAAUCAAGUGACUUCCUCAAGUGGUUCAAACUCCUCAGACAUCUUUAUGUCUCAGGAGUCUUCCAACCAAGAAGACUCUUCUAGAUCAGCAUGGGACCGUAUCCGAGAAAAAGAGAAUAUUAAUCGAACGAGCUCAAGGAAAGAAAAGAACUAUAGCUUCCCCUCUGAAUAUGAAACCCUUGAUAUAGCCGAGUCUUCAAAUUGGCCAAAAGAAGACACUGCUGACACAAGGGCUCAGACUCCAGAAGACAAAGAAUUUGAAAGACAGCAAAGGGAGUUUGAUAAAUUGGUUUGGGGGUCGGAUUCCUCUUCUUCAAGCGGUAAUCUCAUUACCUGAUUCUGAGAGACCCUUCCUUAAUAAUUAUUAGCCGCCAUGAGUUCUUUUGUGCGUUUCCAAUCAAAAAUUUUACCUUCAAUUCUUUAAUAUAUGUUCUUUGCUAUUAAUUUAUUCCAUGAGCAAAUAUUUCUGCAAAUGAACUUUCGGGAGAUACUUUGGUAUUUGAAAGUACAAGAUCUUCAAUAAGGUCUUCCGAACGUCUGAAAAAAAGAAAUAAAUAUUUAAAUUAGUCCUAAGAAUUUAUUUGUCAAUGAAAUGAUUUAAAGACAACCUUUAAGCUACUUCAUGGGAAGUUUCAAAAUUUUCAGCAAAAGUUUCGUUUAAGUAUAAUAAAUGAGCAUUUAUUUUCCCCCUUUGCUUUUUGUUUUAAGUAAAAUAGCUUAUUAUCAAUUGUAGGCUCCUUUCUUAGAUCAUCACCGUAUAGUACUAUGG